AUGGAUGAUCAACAUAUACUCAAUUCCUCCUUCUUCUACAACAUCACGAGUACUGAUGUGCCACAGGAAGAUCCAGAAUGGACAGACGGUUUCGUACUCUUCCUCAAAUCCACAAUCAUGGGAUCAAUCAUAGUUGCUUCCAUUUUAGGAAACCUUCUAGUCAUAGUUUCAGUCAUGAGACAUAGGAAGCUACGUAUCAUCACGAAUUAUUACGUGAUAUCAUUAGCAUUAGCAGAUAUGUUGGUGGCUAUGUUCGCAAUGACAUUCAAUGCAAGUGUACAGAUAUACGGAGAGUGGAAAUUCGGUUAUUUCAUGUGUGAUGUUUGGAACUCUUUAGAUGUUUACUUCUCAACCUCAUCAAUCCUGCAUUUGUGCUGUAUUAGUGUUGAUCGUUACUAUGCUAUCGUGAAACCGCUCAAAUAUACUCUGACAAUGACGAAAAAAGUCGUAGCACUCAUGAUAUUGAAUACUUGGAUCAGUCCAGCUGUGAUCAGUUUCUUACCGAUCUUCAAAGGUUGGUACACCACGAGAGCAAAUCAACGUUAUCGCAACAAACAUCCCGACAUAUGUGAAUUCAUUGUCAAUAAACCGUAUGCUAUAAUCAGCAGUAGCAUUUCGUUUUGGAUACCCUGUACAAUUAUGAUCUUCAUGUACCUCGCCAUAUUCAGAGAAGCCAAUAGACAAGAGAAAGAAAUGUACAACAGACAUGGAGCUGCGCUGCUACUCCAUCAGAAUAAUACGAAUGGUGAUAUGUUAUCUAACUCUGGUGGUUCUUCCAAAACCCUUACUCACCAUGAGAUCAAUCAAGAUCUACAUCACACGCCUACGAAAGAAAGGAAUAUAUCGAAGAUGAAACGGGAACACAAGGCUGCGAGGACAUUGGGUAUUAUAAUGGGAACUUUUAUUUUGUGCUGGUUGCCUUUCUUUCUUUGGUACGAUACAGUUUAUCUCUGUGACUCUUGUCAGGAGAAUUGCCCUCCUGAAGUCGUAGCCGUGGUCUUCUGGAUAGGAUACUUCAACUCCACAUUGAACCCGAUUAUCUAUGCCUAUUUCAAUAGGGACUUCAGGGAAGCCUUCAAGAAUACAUUGCAGUGUGCUUUCUGUAGUUUGUGCAAAGGUCCUCCUUCUAACUUGGACUAUAUAGACAAUAGGAGGCCUUCUAUACGGUACGAAGACAGAACAAAAAGUGUGUAUUCAGAGACAUAUCUCAAACAUGUUGAUCGCAGAUGUUCUGAGUUUGGUUCUAGCCUUUGA